CUAGAUUUGUUUCAAGUGACUGUCAAAUGUGGUUUACAGAAUAGAGAUUUCAAUGUUAGCCAGGUUAUUUUGUAUGAAACAUUUAAUCAAAUCAGUGAGCAUAAUAUCGCCUUGCUCAAACUAGAUGGACUACUCGAAUUAGGCACUAAUGAUACCGAUAAAAUAGACUUACCUGAACAAGGUUCAGAUGUUCCUGCUGAUACCAUUGUCACAUUAACUGGGUGGGGAUAUACAGGGACAAAUUUAUCACUUAAUUUACAAACAGUGGACGUACCUAUAUUGGACAGACAUGAUUGUGUCACCCAGUAUAAUUCAUAUAAGAUUAUCACUGAAAAUAUGAUUUGUACAGGGUUACAUGUAGUUGGUGAUGAUAUUUGUAACUAUGACAUUGGUGGUCCCGUCAUAAUGAACAACUUAUUAGUAGGCAUAGUAUCAUGGGGCAAUGAAUGUGCUAGUCCAUUAUACCCCGGUGUAUUUACAAAAGUUGGCAAUUUUGUUGACCGA